AUGGCCAUGAACAUGGACGGUUGUGGAAGCGGGGUCACGGGAGUGCAGGUGCAGCAAAAUGGAGAAGAUGGCCGCGUUAUCGUGUCAUCAUUAUUGAAUGAAGAGGUGUACUUGGAGUUGGAGAGCAAAGCAGUGAGUGAUACGAAGGCUUUAGCAGUUGAGCUCUGCCGCCACUUCUACUCGCUUGGCUGGCUUUCCGGCACUGGAGGCAGCUUCACUCUUAGAGUCCACCACCACCAUGACGCCAUUUCUACACCUUCCCAUCUCAUUGUCAUGUCCCCUUCUGGUGUUCAGAAGGAGAGAAUGGUUCCAGAGGACAUGUAUGUGCUAUCUUCGGAUGGGUUUGUAUUGACGACACCCGUUCUUAAGUCAUAUACCCAUGCCGCUCCCAAGUGUACUGAUUGUGCUCCUCUUUUCAUGAAGGUAUAUGAGAUGUGUAAUGCUGGGGCUGUUAUUCACAGUCAUGGGAUGGAGUCUUGUCUCAUUACAAUGAUCAAUCCUCUCUCCAAGGAAUUUCGAAUAACUCAUAUGGAAAUGAUAAAAGGAAUUUGUGGACAUGGUUAUCAUGAUGAGCUUGUGGUCCCUAUUAUUGAGAACACUGCCCAUGAAGGGGAGCUCUUGGAAUCUCUAACUGAAGCAAUCAGAGCUUAUCCCAAAACAACAGCUGUACUUGUACGCAACCAUGGGGUGUUUAUAUGGGGAGACUCGUGGGUUAGUGCAAAGACUCAGGCUGAAUGUUAUCAUUAUCUCUUUGAUGCUGCUAUCAAGCUUCAUCAGUUGGGGUUGGAUUGGUCUACUCCAAGUCAUGGUCCCAUUUGCAAUGUCAGUGGAUUUUGGGGAUGCAGUGGGAAUUUUAGCAGAGCACUGAAGACUGGGGCUUUGAGUUUGGAUGACAUGAUUGAACCUUCCCAACACUGUGUGCUUCUUGACAUUGAAGGGACAACAACUCCUGCAUCUUUUGUUAGUGAUGUUCUUUUCCCCUAUGCCCAUGAUAAUGUGGGAAAGCAUUUAGCUGCCACAUAUGACAGUGAAGAAGCUCAAAAUGAUAUCAAUUUGCUGCGUUCUCAAGUUCAAAUUGAUUGGGAACAAGGUGUUAUUGGUGCUGUGCCAAUCCCGCUAGAUCAUGUUGGGAAAGAGUUGGUGAUUGCAUCUCUGGCUGCUAAUGUGACUGCGAUGAUUAGGGCUGAUAGGGAAGUCACUUCCCUGAAACAACUGCAGGGUCAUAUUUGGAGAACUGGAUUCCAAAGCAAUGAGUUUGUGGCUAUUGUAUUUGAUGAUGUAGCAGAAGCUCUUGCGAGGUGGCAUGCUUCAGGCACAAAGGUGUACAUAUACUCUAGUGUUAUUAGGGAGGCUCAACAGCUUCUAUUUGCCAAUUCUAACUAUGGUGACUUGAAAAAAUACUUAUGUGGAUUCUUUGAUACCACGGUGGGAAACAAAAAAGAGACACGUAGCUACGUUGAGAUUUUGAAAACAGUGGGAAUAGAUAGGCCUGCAGACAUGUUAUUUGUGACAGAUGAUUUCCGAGAAGCCGUGGCUGCAGCUGCUGCAGGUUUGGAAGUGAUACUGUCCAUCCGACCUGGAAAUGGAUCUCUGCCACAGAAUCAUGGGUUCAGAACAAUUGAAUCGUUGCUGGAAAUCCAGCACUGA